GCUUCUGCCGAGAAGGGAUGGUGAUGGCUUCGGUGAACGACACGGAAUGUGUUCUGGAAGAGGACUGCUUUCCAGUCUGUGAAUUCAAUAACCAAACAUAUCAGAGUGGAGAGAAAUACCAGGAUGUGGACGAUCCAUGUACUGAGUAUACAUGCCUAGGAGAAGGUUUUGCAACUAGCAAGUACGAGUGCAGGCUGCCAUGUGAGCCAAGCAACUUUCCUCCCGGCUGCUGUACUGGUUGUGUUACCACACCUAAAGGAUUUGAGGAAAAGGCCUGUGUAUACCUCGGCACAAAGUAUCCGGUGGGUACUGUUAUCCGGCUGGAAAUGGCGAUACCAUGCAUGGUCCUGCUGUGUCAAGAUGAUGGCGUUCUUAUAUUCAAACCUGAGGAAUAUAACUGUUCCGUGGGAUGUGAGGCUGGUGUUGACUACCCAAGCGACUGCUGCGACGAGUGCAAAACGGUGGAAACAACUGCUUCUCCUACAACAACAGAAACAACUAACCGAGGUGACACGGAUACGACAACUGCACGCACAAGGCGUCCACCCGUGCCUACCACCGCGUCUACAACGUCUGAAGGCACUACCACCACUACUUCUACGACAAGGCCCGCCACCACCGCAGCUCCUACAACUACAGUCACCGGGGAAGUUUGUCCUGACCUAUGUCACGUGACGUACACGUGUGAGGAUCAGUGGAAGAGCGAUGGUGAUAUGCCUUGGACAGUCCCAUUUGAUUGCAAUUCUCUCUUUUCGCCGGCUUUCAAUCCACAAUGCCGAUGCAACCAGGGUUAUGUGAAGGACAACAGCAACUAUGUUGGCGCCAGGCAGCAGGAGCUUGGUCAAUACUUUAACUCGGAUGUGUGUGUUAAGCCGCUUGAAGGGAGAUGUGUAUUCUGUGAACACAAUUCCAUCCCUUAUACUCCGGAGGGAUACUACAGGGAGAAUUGUGAGAAAUGCAUAUGCACGAAGAAUAUCUCUAGCAGUGAAUACUACUUCGAAUGUAUACCUAGUGAAGACCCUAACUGCUCUAUAAAAACAACGGUUCCUACAGAAACAUCAAGUCAUCACUCAAGUCCAACACCAAGUACCACCCCGUCUACUCCUACAACUACAGUCACCGGGGAAGUUUGUCCUGACCUAUGUCACGUGACGUACACGUGUGAGGAUCAGUGGGAGAGCGAUGGUGAUAUGCCUUGGACAGUCCCAUUUGAUUGCAAUCCUCUCUUUUCGCCGGCUUUCAAUCCACAAUGCCGAUGCAACCAGGGUUAUGUGAAGGACAACGGCAACUAUGUUGGCGCCAGGCAGCAGGAGCUUGGUCAAUACUUUAACUCGGAUGUGUGUGUUAAGCCGCUUGAAGGGAGAUGUGUAUUCUGUGAACACAAUUCCAUCCCAUAUACUCCGGAGGGAUACUACAGGGAGAAUUGUGAGAAAUGCAUAUGCACGAAGAAUAUCUCUAGCAGUGAAUACUACUUCGAAUGUGUACCUAGUGAAGACCCUAACUGCUCUAUAAAAACAACGGUUCCUACAGAAACAUCAAGUCAUAACUCAAGUCCAACACCAAGUACCACCCCGUCUAAAGGCACGACUACUAGUGCAGCGCCCCCGACAACCGCAGCUCCUACAACUACAGUCACCGGGGAAGUUUGUCCUGACCUAUGUCACGUGACGUACACGUGUGAGGAUCAGUGGGAGAGCGAUGGUGAUAUGCCUUGGACAGUCCCAUUUGAUUGCAAUCCUCUCUUUUCGCCGGCUUUCAAUCCACAAUGCCGAUGCAACCAGGGUUAUGUGAAGGACAACAGCAACUAUGUUGGCGCCAGGCAGGAGGAGCUUGGUCAAUACUUUAACUCGGAUGCGUGUGUUAAGCCGCUUGAAGGGAGAUGUGUAUUCUGUGAACACAAUUCCAUCCCAUAUACUCCGGAGGGAUACUACAGGGAAAAUUGUGAGAAAUGCACAUGCACGAAGAAUAUCUCUAGCAGUGAAUACUACUUCGACUGUGUACCUAGUGAAGACACUAACUGCUCUAUAAGAACAACGGUUCCAACAGUAACAUCAAUGCAUAACUGGAACGCUUCUACCACGUUUGGUCCAACACCAAGUACCACCCCGUCUAAGGUGAUAACAACUACAGUCACUACUGCCAGGCCAACAACGACCACGUCUUUCACAACAACCGGGCAGAGACCUACUACUCUUCCAAUCACCACUAGACCUACGACCGCUGUGCCUCCUACAACCACCACGCCUCCUACGACUCCAAGGCCCACAACCACCCCCAGGCCUCCUACAACCACCACUCUUCUCCCUACGACUCCAAGGCCCAUAACCACGCCCAGGCCCCCUACAACCACUACUCUUCUCCCAACGACUCCAAGGCCCACAACCACCCCCAGGCCUCCAACAACCACCUCCCUUCUACCUACGACUCCAAGGCCCAUAACCACCCCCAGGCCUCCUACAACCACCACUCUUCUCCCUACGACACCAAGGCCCACAACCACCCCCAGGCCUCCUACAACCACCACUCUUCUCCCUACGACUCCAAGGCCCAUAACCACCCCCAGGCCUCCUACAACCACUACUCUUCUCCCUACGACUCCAAGGCCCACAACCACCCCCAGGCCUCCUACAACCACCCCCAGGCCUCCUACAACCACUACUCUUCUCCCUACGACUCCAAGGCCCACAACCACCCCCAGGCCUCCUACAACCACUACUCUUCUACCUACGACUCCAAGGCCCACAACCACCCCUAGGCCUCCUACAACCACUACUCUUCCUACGACUCCAAGGCCCACAACCACAUCCAGGCCUCCUACAACCACCAGGCUUCCUACAACCAGCACUCCUCCUUCAACCACCAUCAAUCUUCCGACUUUAAAUAUCACAACCAGGCCUUCUACAACCAUCCGAACUCCUACAACCACCAUGCUUCCUACGACAACCAGGCGUCCUACAACCGCCAGGCCUCCAACGACUUUAAAUAUCACGACCAGGCCUGCUACAACCACGAGUCCUCCAACGACUCCACAACCCACAACCACCCUCAGGCCUCCUACAACCACCACUCUUCUCCCUACGACUCCAAGGCCCACAACCACCCCCAGGCCUCCUACAACCACCAGGCUUCCAACAACUUCAACAAUUCUAACCAGGCCUUCUACAACCACCAGGCCUCCAACGACUUUAAAUAUCACAACCAGGCCUGCUACAACCACGAUUCCUCCGACCACUAUAAGACCCACAACGACCCCCAGGCCUCCUACAACUACCAUUACAGCUAUAACAUCCACGCCUACCACCACUACACCAGAGGUUUGUGCUGAACCCCUGGUAGAAUUGAACGGAGUCGUGAGUGUCAACGAUUUGAGCGCUGUUCCAAGUGACAGCAUUUCAGACCUGGGUGCACAGGCUUGGGAAUCUGAUUCCGGUAAUCCAUCAUCCGGGAUUGUAGCUAGUUUCUUGCAGCCAGUACGGGUAACACGUCUAGCAGUUCAAGGGUUGACUAGUUCCUUUAGAGUGCAGUACAGAACUGCCCAGACUAGUAGCCAACAGUAUGUAGGUGGCAAUGAAACGCCAACGGAGUUUGACGUCGAUGGAUCGGAAGAAAGUGCGGAUCGAGUUUAUAUCAACAUUCCUGAUGCAGUAACCAAUCUAUUGAUUACACCGGUUGAUGCAACAAACGUUACCUGGAGAUUACAAAUCUACGGUUGUGCAGAAAUUGAGACAACCGUGGUUACAACGAGUCAAGGUGUAGAAACAACAACAAUAACUUCUACCACUUUUGAACCGAAUGAGACCAUUGUUACCACGACAUCCUCCACUACAAGAGCUCCAACAACAGCAGAACCAACCGAAAGGAGCGACACGGAAACUACAACACAGAGGACCCGAACAUCAGCUGUGACUACGCCCACAACAUCAAGCAGUGAGACUACCACCCUGUCUACAACUACUUCUGGCCAAACAACGCCUGGUGAUUGCGCGGAAAACCUGAAUGAUGAUAGUAAGCCGGAUCCAGUGAUAACACUCCAGACAUCCGACAUGGCUAACGUUACUCCAGAUCAAACUGUCACACUUUCCAGUGGGACAUCGUCAAUCACCGUUCGAUUCGGAAGUAGUGAUGCUGGAUACAAGGUCCUGACCAGAGUGACAGCCGUCAUCCUGAGUGUUGACGAUGCAACAACAGGAAGUCCGCCCAUGAUGAUUCGUCUCGACAGCGUCACCUUUUCAAACGGAACGACAGCUCAAGACAUUGGUGAAGUUAAUUCAAGUGGGCCUACCACCGGAAUGUUUAGACUUGGGGCACUCGGAGAAGAACCCGUGGAUGCUUUGGUCUUUUCCGUGCCCGACAUUGUCCCUCAAAACGCUUCUUCAGUAGACGUUGUCGUCCGAUUUGAUGGAUGCAUCGAGACAGAGACCAUAACUACAGUGGUGACCACGAGUGUUGCUACCACCACCACACCAGCAACCACUACAACACCGGCUACCACUACCACGACAGAAGUGACGACUGCAGUCAUGACAACAGGAAGUACCACAGCUGUCGAAGAGACAACCACCGUCACGACAACGACACCUGAAGUCACCACCACUGAAACAACUACUAGAUUGGCAACAACAACUCCAGGUGAUUGCGCGGAAAACCUGAAUGAUGAUAGUAAGCCGGAUCCAGUGAUAACACUCCAGACAUCCGACAUGGCUAACGUUACUCCAGAUCAAACUGUCACACUUUCCAGUGGGACAUCGUCAAUCACCGUUCGAUUCGGAAGUAGUGAUGCUGGAUACAAGGUCCUGACCAGAGUGACAGCCGUCAUCCUCAGUGUUGACGAUGCAACAACAGGAAGUCCGCCCAUGAUGAUUCGUCUCGACAGCGUCACUUUUUCAAACGGAACGACAGCUGAAGACAUUGGUGAAAUUAAUUCAAGUGGGCCAACCACCGGAAUGUUUAGACUUGGGGCACUCGGAGAAGAACCCGUGGAUGCUUUGGUCUUUUCCGUGCCCGACAUUGUCCCUCAAAACGCUUCUUCAGUAGACGUUGUCGUCCGAUUUGAUGGAUGCAUCGAGACAGAGACCAUAACUACAGUGGUGACCACGAGUGUUGCUACCACCACCACACCAGCAACCACUACAACACCGGCUACCACUACCACGACAGAAAUGACGACUGCAGUCAUGACAACAGGAAGUACCACAGCUGUCGAAGAGACAACCACCGUCACGACAACGACACCUGAAGUCACCACCACUGAAUCAACUACCACAAUGACAACAACAACUCCAGAACCAACCGAUAGGGGUGACACGGAUACUACCACACAGAGGACCCGAACAUCAGCUGUGACUACGCCCACCACAUCAAGCAGUGAGACUACCACCCUAUCUACAACUACUUCUGGCCAAACAACGCCUGGUGAUUGCGCGGAAAACCUGAAUGAUGAUAGUAAGCCGGAUCCAGUGAUAACACUCCAGACAUCCGACAUGGCUAACGUUACUCCAGAUCAAACUGUCACACUUUCCAGUGGGACAUCGUCAAUCACCGUUCGAUUCGGAAGUAGUGAUGCUGGAUACAAGGUCCUGACCAGAGUGACAGCCGUCAUCCUGAGUGUUGACGAUGCAACAACAGGAGGUCCGCCCAUGAUGAUUCGUCUCGACAGCGUCACCUUUUCAAACGGAACGACAGCUCAAGACAUUGGUGAAGUUAAUUCAAGUGGGCCUACCACCGGAAUGUUUAGACUUGGGGCACUCGGAGAAGAACCCGUGGAUGCUUUGGUCUUUUCCGUGCCCGACAUUGUCCCUCAAAACGCUUCUUCAGUAGACGUUGUCGUCCGAUUUGAUGGAUGCAUCGAGACAGAGACCAUAACUACAGUGGUGACCACGAGUGUUGCUACCACCACCACACCAGCAACCACUACAACACCGGCUACCACUUCUACGACAGAAGUGACGACUGCAGUCAUGACAACAGGAAGUACCACAGCUGUCGAAGAGACAACCACCGUCACGACAACGACACCUGAAGUCACCACCACUGAAACAACUACUAGAUUGGCAACAACAACUCCAGGUGAUUGCGCGGAAAACCUGAAUGAUGAUAGUAAGCCGGAUCCAGUGAUAACACUCCAGACAUCCGACAUGGCUAACGUUACUCCAGAUCAAACUGUCACACUUUCCAGUGGGACAUCGUCAAUCACCGUUCGAUUCGGAAGUAGUGAUGCUGGAUACAAGGUCCUGACCAGAGUGACAGCCGUCAUCCUGAGUGUUGACGAUGCAACAACAGGAGGUCCGCCCAUGAUGAUUCGUCUCGACAGCGUCACCUUUUCAAACGGAACGACAGCUCAAGACAUUGGUGAAGUUAAUUCAAGUGGGCCUACCACCGGAAUGUUUAGACUUGGGGCACUCGGAGAAGAACCCGUGGAUGCUUUGGUCUUUUCCGUGCCCGACAUUGUCCCUCAAAACGCUUCUUCAGUAGACGUUGUCGUCCGAUUUGAUGGAUGCAUCGAGACAGAGACCAUAACUACAGUGGUGACCACGAGUGUUGCUACCACCACCACACCAGCAACCACUACAACACCGGCUACCACUACCACGACAGAAGUGACGACUGCAGUCAUGACAACAGGAAGUACCACAGCUGUCGAAGAGACAACCACCGUCACGACAACGACACCUGAAGUCACCACCACUGAAACAACUACUAGAUUGGCAACAACAACUCCAGGUGAUUGCGCGGAAAACCUGAAUGAUGAUAGUAAGCCGGAUCCAGUGAUAACACUCCAGACAUCCGACAUGGCUAACGUUACUCCAGAUCAAACUGUCACACUUUCCAGUGGGACAUCGUCAAUCACCGUUCGAUUCGGAAGUAGUGAUGCUGGAUACAAGGUCCUGACCAGAGUGACAGCCGUCAUCCUGAGUGUUGACGAUGCAACAACAGGAAGUCCGCCCAUGAUGAUUCGUCUCGACAGCGUCACUUUUUCAAACGGAACGACAGCUCAAGACAUUGGUGAAAUUAAUUCAAGUGGGCCAACCACCGGAAUGUUUAGACUUGGGGCACUCGGAGAAGAACCCGUGGAUGCUUUGGUCUUUUCCGUGCCCGACAUUGUCCCUCAAAACGCUUCUUCAGUAGACGUUGUCGUCCGAUUUGAUGGAUGCAUCGAGACAGAGACCAUAACUACAGUAGUGACCACGAGUGUUGCUACCACCACCACACCAGCAACCACUACAACACCGGCUACCACUACCACGACAGAAAUGACGACUGCAGUCAUGACAACAGGAAGUACCACAGCUGUCGAAGAGACAACCACCGUCACGACAACGACACCUGAAGUCACCACCACUGAAUCAACUACCACAAUGACAACAACAACUCCAGAACCAACCGAUAGGGGUGACACGGAUACUACCACACAGAGGACCCGAACAUCAGCUGUGACUACGCCCACCACAUCAAGCAGUGAGACUACCACCCUAUCUACAACUACUUCUGGCCAAACAACGCCUGGUGAUUGCGCGGAAAACCUGAAUGAUGAUAGUAAGCCGGAUCCAGUGAUAACACUCCAGACAUCCGACAUGGCUAACGUUACUCCAGAUCAAACUGUCACACUUUCCAGUGGGACAUCGUCAAUCACCGUUCGAUUCGGAAGUAGUGAUGCUGGAUACAAGGUCCUGACCAGAGUGACAGCCGUCAUCCUGAGUGUUGACGAUGCAACAACGGGAGGUCCGCCCAUGAUGAUUCGUCUCGACAGCGUCACCUUUUCAAACGGAACGACAGCUCAAGACAUUGGUGAAGUUAAUUCAAGUGGGCCAACCACCGGAAUGUUUAGACUUGGGGCACUCGGAGAAGAACCCGUGGAUGCUUUGGUCUUUUCCGUGCCCGACAUUGUCCCUCAAAACGCUUCUUCAGUAGACGUUGUCGUCCGAUUUGAUGGAUGCAUCGAGACAGAGACCAUAACUACAGUGGUGACCACGAGUGUUGCUACCACAACCACACCAGCAACCACUACAACGCCGGCUACCACUACCACGGCAGAAAUGACGACUGCAGUCAUGACAACAGGAAGUACCACAGCUGUCGAAGAGACAACCACCGUCACGACAACGACACCUGAAGUCACCACCACUGAAACAACUACUAGAUUGGCAACAACAACUCCAGGUGAUUGCGCGGAAAACCUGAAUGAUGAUAGUAAGCCGGAUCCAGUGAUAACACUCCAGACAUCCGACAUGGCUAACGUUACUCCAGAUCAAACUGUCACACUUUCCAGUGGGACAUCGUCAAUCACCGUUCGAUUCGGAAGUAGUGAUGCUGGAUACAAGGUCCUGACCAGAGUGACAGCCGUCAUCCUGAGUGUUGACGAUGCAACAACAGGAAGUCCGCCCAUGGUGAUUCGUCUCGACAGCGUCACUUUUUCAAACGGAACGACAGCUCAAGACAUUGGUGAAAUUAAUUCAAGUGGGCCAACCACCGGAAUGUUUAGACUUGGGGCACUCGGAGAAGAACCCGUGGAUGCUUUGGUCUUUUCCGUGCCCGACGUUGUCCCUCAAGACGCUUCUUCAGUAGACGUUGUCGUCCGAUUUGAUGGAUGCAUCGAGACAGAGACCAUAACUACAGUGGUGACCUCGAGUGUUGCUACCACCACCACACCAGCAACCACUACAACGCCGGCUACCACUACCACGACAGAAAUGACGACUGCAGUCAUUACAACAGGAAGUACCACAGCUGUCGAAGAGACAACCACCGUAACGACAACGACACCUGAAGUCACCACCACUGAAUCAACUACCACAAUGACAACAACAACUCCAGAACCAACCGAUAGGGGUGACACGGAUACUACCACACAGAGGACCCGAACAUCAGCUGUGACUACGCCCACCACAUCAAGCAGUGAGACUACCACCCUGUCUACAACUACUUCUGGCCAAACAACGCCUGGUGAUUGCGCGGAAAACCUGAAUGAUGAUAGUAAGCCGGAUCCAGUCAUAACACUCCAGACAUCCGACAUGGCUAACGUUACUCCAGAUCAAACUGUCACACUUUCCAGUGGGACAUCGUCAAUCACCGUUCGAUUCGGAAGUAGUGAUGCUGGAUACAAGGUUCUGACCAGAGUAACAGCCAUCAUCCUGAGUGUUGACGAUGCAAUAACAGGAAGUCCGCCCAUGAUGAUUCGUCUCGACAGCAUCACUUUUUCAAAUGGAACGACAGCUCAAGACAUUGGUGAAAUUAAUUCAAGUGGGCCAACCACCGGAAUGUUUAGACUUGGGGCACUCGGAGAAGAACCCGUGGAUGCUUUGGUCUUUUCCGUGCCCGACGUUGUCCCUCAAAACGCUUCUUCAGUAGACGUUGUCGUCCGAUUUGAUGGAUGCAUCGAGACAGAGACCAUAACUACAGUGGUGACCACGAGUGUUGCUACCACCACCACACCAGCAACCACUACAACGCCGGCUACAACUACCACGACAGAAAUGACGACUGCAGUCAUGACAACAGGAAGUACCACAGCUGUCGAAGAGACAACCGCCGUCACGACAACGACUCCUGAAGUCACCACCACUGAAACAACUACUAGAGUGGCAACAACAACUCCAGGUGAUUGCGCGGAAAACCUGAAUGAUGAUAGUAAGCCGGAUCCAGUGAUAACACUCCAGACAUCCGACAUGGCUAACGUUACUCCAGAACAAACUGUCACACUUUCCAGUGGGACAUCGUCAAUCACCGUUCGAUUCGGAAGUAGUGAUGUUGGAUACAAGGUCCUGACCAGAGUGACAGCCGUCAUCCUGAGUGUUGACGAUGCAAUAACAGGAAGUCCGCCCAUGAUGAUUCGUCUCGACAGCGUCACUUUUUCAAACGGAACGACAGCUCAAGACAUUGGUGAAAUUAAUUCAAGUGGGCCAACCACCGGAAUGUUUAGACUUGGGCCACUCGGAGAAGAACCCGUGGAUGCUUUGGUCUUUUCCGUGCCCGACGUUGUCCCUCAAAACGCUUCUUCAGUAGACGUUGUCGUCCGAUUUGAUGGAUGCAUCGAGACAGAGACCAUAACUACAGUGGUGACCACGAGUGUUGCUACCACCACCACACCAGCAACCACUACAACGCCGGCUACCACUACCACGACAGAAAUGACGACUGCAGUCAUGACAACAGGAAGUACCACAGCUGUCGAAGAGACAACCACCGUCACGACAACGACACCUGAAGUCACCACCACUGAAACAACUACUAGAGUGGCAACAACAACUCCAGGUGAUUGCGCUGAAAACCUGAAUGAUGAUAGUAAGCCGGAUCCAGUGAUAACACUCCAGACAUCCGACAUGGCUAACGUUACUCCAGAACAAACUGUCACACUUUCCAGUGGGACAUCGUCAAUCACCGUUCGAUUCGGAAGUAGUGAUGUUGGAUACAAGGUCCUGACCAGAGUGACAGCCGUCAUCCUGAGUGUUGACGAUGCAAUAACAGGAAGUCCGCCCAUGAUGAUUCGUCUCGACAGCGUCACUUUUUCAAACGGAACGACAGCUCAAGACAUUGGUGAAAUUAAUUCAAGUGGGCCAACCACCGGAAUGUUUAGACUUGGGCCACUCGGAGAAGAACCCGUGGAUGCUUUGGUCUUUUCCGUGCCCGACGUUGUCCCUCAAAACGCUUCUUCAGUAGACGUUGUCGUCCGAUUUGAUGGAUGCAUCGAGACAGACCAUAACUACAGUGGUGACCACGAGUGUUGCUACCACCACCACACCAGCAACCACUACAACGCCGGCUACCACUACCACGACAGAAAUGACGACUGCAGUCAUGACAACAGGAAGUACCACAGCUGUCGAAGAGACAACCACCGUCACGACAACGACACCUGA